CAGUCAUCCGGUUCAAAACGAAUCCCAUAAUGGCUAUUGUUGGUUUGAACUCAUGCAAAUAUAUGAUAAAAUCUCUGAAUGUAUUUAUCUUUUCAACAAAAUAUACGCGAAUCAGGUGUUUAUUUUAGUUGAAAACGUAAAAAAAAAUAAGUUACGGUCACAGGAGUUUUAAAACUAAAAUUAUUUCAUAUAUUUACAGAUGAUGUUGAUGUUCAACACAUGGCUUUUAUCCACUAUACUUGUGUUUUUCAGGUUUCUCUCUCCGACAUUACAGGUAAAGUAAAACAAUUGCUUAUAUAAACUAUAGCUUAAUGUAACUUUGAUUCCGAACCAAUAAGGUAUCAUAGAUCGCUUCCACUUAUCCUUUGUUAUAUGAUAUUUGAGCUUAGUAUGUUUUAUAGCUUUGUAUUUUCAACUGCCUAGGAUCUGUUACAAGUGCUAGUAGAACUGUUAGCAACAUUCUAGGUAGACCCUAAUAUCCGUAUGUAACUUAAUAAAGUAUUUGUUUUAUUUUAACUCUAAGUAACUUAACUAUUUGACUGCUAAGUACCUACUAAUAAUAUGCUUAGGAUCUGCUAAACAAUCGCAUAGACUGCAUUUGAUAGUAGCCGGCAUUAUAUUGGCAUACCGCAUUCAACUGAUACUACAAUAGACUAGACAGGUUUUUAAAAUCCAUUUAUUAUUAUUUAGAAGAGGUUAAGGAACCUAGUAAAAGUUUUUUUUUAAUUCUUGUACAUAUUUGCUGAAAAACAUCAAAUUAAAAAUUCAAUAUUAAAAUAGCGCUCCAAAUCGCUAGUUUGGCAAUAUAGCGCUGCAAUAGGAUGGGUAGGUGACGUCACUUGCCAGCAUUGUAAUACACAUACAAUCCUUACACAUUUACAUUUUAACAGUGAUUUAUAUAAUAAAAUGAAUUACAAAUGAUGUGCAGUUCCAAAAUUUACAAUUACGUUGCUAGAAACUCCAUAAGUGUUCCAAAGAAUAUCGAAUUGCGCCGAAAGUUCAAUUAUCUCGGAGAGCGAAUAGUACAUACAAAUAUUUUAUUAUGUGAAGACUAUUUCGAUUACGUCGGUUCAGUUAAAGCGGAUGUCUAUUAUUACUCUUUUAUAAAUUUUCGACCAAUGUUUAUGACUGGUAUGGGCGAAAAACUUAUGGACGAACGAAGAAAAUCGCGAAUGAUUAUAGAACAUAUUUUAAUUUACCAUGAUUUGAAUCCAGAAUACCGUGAACAGAUAAAAAUUAUGGUAAAUUUAUUAGAAACCAGAAAAACUCAAUUGUCAGCAAGUAUAGGUCCAGUUAAUUUAGAAGGCUUAGUAGGAUUUGCGGGCCUUAUCCUUUCUUUCACGGUUGUAAUGAUACAGACAUUCUACACAAAUUAAAAAUAAUAUAUUAAGUGUUUUUUUUAUUAUUGCAAUUUGGUUUCAAGAUCUUUAUUGUUGCAAUCAAUCUAAGAUCCUAAAUGUUUGAAAGGAAACAUCAUAAAGAGAUAUUCUGGAAUAAGAAAUGAAUAUUGACGCCAUUUUCUUCCGCUAUAUAUGUAUCACCGAAAGACAGAACCGUCUCAAGCUAUGGCGGGCACCCAUGAAUUUGGGGCCCUUUUGCUAGAUAUUUUUGGUUUAAUUUGGUAAAUUGUUGGUUCUUCGGGGCCCUCUCAGGAUGGAGGCCCUGGGCUCGUACCC